UCAACACAACCAACACAACCAUCCCUCUAUGCGAGACGAUGUCGGACUACUCAAAGAAGAUGAUGAACCAUAUCGGCGCCAGUGGUGUCAUGAUCUGCUUGUCUCUGGCGCGGGAACUGGGAGUAGUAGACGUGCUGAUGGAAGCCAAACAGCCUCUUACAUCACAGCAAGUGGCUGACAAGCUAAACCUUAGAGAAAGGUAUGUCCGUGAGAUCCUGGGUUCCCUGUCUGUCGGGGAAGUCAUCAGCGUGGACGACAUGUCCACAAAGUUCCAUGUUCCUCAGGAUCACAAACAAGCAUUAGUGGCAGUAUCGGUCUUUUCCAGACUUAUGCCACAGUUGGGUAUAAGAUAUAAUAAUGUCAAGGAUUGUGCUCAACAACGGAACCCUGGCGGAAUGGUCUACAGCGAAACCCCUGUGAUGUUUGACGUCCUUAAAGAAAUGUUGGUGACAGUCAAGAAAGAUAUGGUGGAUACGGACAUCCUGCCUGCCAUUCCUCAGAUGGCACAAAGGUUAGAAUCUGGGAUCAAAGUUGCGGAAUUGGGCUGCGCAACAGGAGUCCUGGUAAACAAAUUAGCCUCUCGAUUCAAGAACAGUACCUUCCUUGGUUCGGACGUAGCAAGCACGCCACUGGAAGAAGCCAAAGCAGAUGCAAAUAGCCGUGGCAUUCAGAAUAUCACUUAUAGCACUGACAAUAUUGAGAACAUAUCUGAUAAGUACAAGGAGAGUUUUGACUGGAUACUUACUCGCGAUGUUAUUCACGACCUAGCGUAUCCACAGCAAGCCAUAAACCAGAUCUACCGGUGUCUGAAACCUGGGGGUAUUUACAGCAUGAUUGACAUCGGAAUAGAGGGAGGAAUUGCUGGCAACAUUGCAAAUGCUACAUCUAUGUUUUACUACUCGGCAAGCACAUUUAUGUGCAUCCCGGAGAGCUUCCGCCAGCCUGACUCUGCAGCGCUUGGGGCAUCAUGGGGUGCACCUUUGGCAAGAGAGAUGGUUGCCAAAGCUGGUUUCACCAUCAUAAACGAAUCUACCAGUCGCACGGAUGAGAAGGAGGUCCACUUUGUCUGCCAAAAGUAG